AAGAUUUUUAGUGAUUAAAAAGGGGAGAAAACCCUAUCUUUUUCUUUCCCAAAAGCAGCCGCCUCUCUCAUCUUUUAUCUGUUCUCUCACUACUGUUACACAUAGCUCCCAACGACAAUAACCAGCAUCCGCCGGCGAGACACCCACCGGUGCCGCCUCCUUUCCUCUUCUCUCUAUCUCCUCGCCGCUCCAGACAGCCGUUCCGCUCCUUUUUUCCCUCCCCCGUUCUCUUUCUCCACUGGUUCGGCCGCCAUCGGUGAGUCAACUGCCGGCGGAACUUACUACUACUCCAAUCGGCAAACUCCACUAAAACACCACCAAAUAAAUUCGGGUUGGAAAGGGGGAAAGGUCAAUGAUUUUUUUCGACAUUGAUUUUGAAAUAUUAAGACAGUAAACUAAUUAACCAUCGGAUUGUGGAAAUUAGCAGUUGGCAAAAUAAAGAUGACACUUCCGCGGGAUGAAUUGUUUGUUACUUGUGGUUCUACCGUUAACCAGGAAGAUAUCAAAGGAUCAGGUCUAUUGAUGAGCAGAUUUCUAGACUAGGCACUUGUUCGUAUUCAACAAAGCAAUCGAGUUUUCAGCUGUCUACGCAUGCACCAAAAUUAAGAAGUUAAUGAUUAAAAGAUGAAAGGAUGUUCAGUUUUUGAUUUGUGUUGUGCUAAGGAAAGUGGCCGGAAGAAAAAGAACCACCCUACUGUGAGUACUCAGAAUGUGACAGGCGGUGCACCCCCUCCUCCUCUGCCUUCACAAGCGAAUCGCAAUGUUGAAAAGUGUGAUAUUAAACCCAAGAACAGCACAACAAUGAAAGAUGGUGGAAUGGUUGUCCUAAGGGCUGCUGCUGGCAUAGUUACCUCGGCCCCUGUUAACACUAGUGGUGGUGGUGGACAUUCGAGCAGUCGGACUAGUGGAGGCGGUGGUGGUGGACAGAUUAGGAGUUGGGGUGGAGGUGGAGGUGGUGGUGGUGGAUUUUCAAGCAGUUUGGGUGGAGGUGGUGGCUGUGGCGGAGGAGGCGGUGGAUGUUGAGGUGGUGGAGGUUAAAAACAGAUGGAAAUUAUUUUCUCCGUCUGUCUUCUACAGUGGCUAGCUACUUCUAUAAUGUAACAUUAGGAUAUGUUGUAGUAAAUAAUUUCUAUGUAUCAUGAGAUUGCGAAAAUGAAUUUAAGUUAUAUGUAUUGAUAGCGUGAAUC